AUGCCUUCAGCAGAUGAAAUAGAGGACAUUGAGGAGCUGCCAUCUGAGAACGAAAAGCCACGCCGCUAUGCGACUCGUGCGACGAACGACCCACACCCUGGCCGUACAUCAGGCCUCGCCAAGAAGACACAAGCCGAAAUCAGUAGGGAUGCGAAGCGAAAGCGCGACGACAAGAAAGCUGAGUACCUUCGCAAGGAGGCUGAGCUAGAGCAGCGGAGGCUUGAGAUGAACGAGCACAUGAAGAAGCUGGCCGAGCUUGAGCGCGAUCUCAAGGCAAGCCGAGGGAAGACCACCAUGGAGAAGCUGCUGGAGGACGAGGAGAUGUUAGAAGUGGAUGCAGUUGAGGACCGAGACGUCAUGGCGCAAAUGUCCUCCAAAUCGGACGAAGGUGAAGACGCCGACGUUGAAGACCGCGAGCUACAAAGCUUCUGCAAUACGGAUGAGGAUGCUUCAUCACAAUCAGCAGACGGGGCUAGUUCCGACGACAGGGUACCUACCGGCGCGAAGAGGAAGUCCAGUGGGUUGAAGGCCCCUAAGCAGAAGAAGAAGAAGAAGACAGCCAAGGAGGUCCGGGAUGGGGUGUUGGCUGAUGUCGAGAAAGCGAAGAAGAAGUUGAGUGCGCCGGAGGUCGCUGAGCAGUCAUCCACACGUCGUUCCAAGGCGACCUCCAAGUCGACGGCCAAGUCAACGCCUACCUCUACCUCUAAGUCAAAAUCUACUGGUGCUGCUACAGCGAAGUCUUCGACGUCCUCUUCCAGAGCUACUUCCAUUUCUGUCGAGCCAAUCAUGGGAUUGAAGGCUGAUUGGCAAUCCGCCGUCUCGCGCCGUUCGCAAACCCCAGCAGCCAAGUCCCAAGCCGGUCCUUCCAUGCGAGUUGGAUCACCCGCGGUACCGUCAUCCAGUCAGGGCACCCCCGCACCAAAGAAUUCGGCUGCAGCUCAUCGCGCAGCGAACGCCAAACGUACCCGGCGCACAAACUCGAUCGAGUACAUCGGCGGGUUCACCGAUGACGAUGUGACAGUCAGCCUACCUACCGCGCGACGUGGCUCCACCCAGCUCGCGCAGGUUGUUUCGAGUAGGGAACGGGAUGAGAGCGAAGAGCAGGAUGCAGAGCCUGAGGGGACGAAGAAGAAACGACGGGCAAAGGGCACUGUUUCGGAGGAGAAGUCGCUUGCGGUAAAUUCCUUGCCUCUGUUCAUCCGCCCACACUGGAAGACAGUCUAUCUUCCUACGAUGCUUCAACUAAUUGGUGAAACCGAACACCCUUGGGUGUACGCGAGGGGCAAAACCUCCUCCAAUGGCGACGACAAUCUCCUUAUCACCCUCGUGCAGAAACUGUUGGACUCGUUCUGGCCGAAGGAACAUUACAACGUCACUGGAAGAGACAAGAUAUUUAAGAUUGCACGUCAGGCAGUGAUCGACUGGCGUGGCCGCUUUGCCACGCGGAUCAAGACAGCCGUCAAGCAAGAGCUCACCAAGCGGGGCUCAGCUGCAAACAUCCGCGCAUUCGUGGAGAGCGCGCUGUCGCGCAGCACUGGGCUGGCGUUCUGGGCGACGUACGACGCCGAUACCGAUACUGCAAGCGGCGCGCUACAAUCCCCAUACGUGCUGAAGUCAUUCGCAACACAUCUCGCUGCGAUACAAGGCAGUCGCAUCAAGCCCCACGAAACAAAGCCGGCCCGUGGUGCGCUCGCACUUGCGGCAACUGCGGUACAGUAUGUCUUCGCUACGUGGAAAACAGGCGCUCUCAACAAGGCCCUGAGCUUCAGCGGCGAUACCUAUGGCCCUGUCACGGAGUACUGGCACACGAAGUCAGUUGCGAAGAUGAUCGCCCGCGGCAAGUACAAUCGGUGUGUUGACUUGGCCACUCCACAUAUUGAGGCGUCGUGGAUGCCACGCACGGUAGACGAUGACGAUGAUAUCUCUGUCUGCGAUCCCGAGACCGAUCCCGAGGACAACGUUCGAUAG